AUGAGUAAGACCAAUGUGGCCAUUCUAUUCUCUCAUAGAUGUCCCUGUUUCCUUUCCAAUCAGUAGUAUAACCUCACUAGGGGCUAUUUGCGGAGGCCAUGGAAGUCUAUGAGUUCUGUUAGGGCAUGAUUGUUUUUAUUAUUUGCCGUUCUAGCUGGGAAGGAGGACCUGGGCUGGAAUCAAUACAGAGUUUAUAAGAUAAACGUAUAUAAUCAUGUCAAAAUAAUACGGCGUGUGGUUGGCUCCGUUUAAAAAUACGUGCAUAAGAACAGUCGUUGUGUCAGUGGUAGUAAGAAAAAUGUCAAAUGAGGUUAUGUAACCCCACCUGAAGUAAACAGACCUUAGCCACCUGUAAUACGGGACCGGUUGUAAUAGGGGUUCAUAGGUGGGGUCGGGGAACGCUUAGGCGACGUAAUCAAGUAGAUGUAUGCAAAAGGAAAGCUAUUGUGAAUUCGCGGUUGUACAUUGAGUGGUUGAGAUAUAGUUGCCCUAACCCUUAACCCCUAACCCUACCCGCUAAUCCUAACUUCUUACCCUAACCCCUAACCGUAACACUUAACCAUAACUCCUAACCCUCACCCCAGCUUCAACAGUAUUGGGUCCACCAGGUGGGACUACACAAACAUAUCUUACAGAGAAAAACUGCAUCGAAGCAAACUUAUCCUACCGCUAGCUUUCUGCUUAUCUCAUGUCUUGCGGGAUAUCUAAGACGGUUUGUUUACUAAAUUCGCUCGCGACUUCAGCACUUUCCCUCUAGCCGCUAUGAGACGUUCAUGCACGUCUGCGUUACCUGCCAUUCAAGUGCUUGGGAAGAAUGUACUAAGAAACAAUCUCUAAGGUCUGUGGCUCAUUCACAAUCGCCUUCUUUUCACCUACAGCAAAAAAGGCAAUGCGUCUCAGUCCUAUCCUCAACACUUGAAGACUGGUUUCUCCAAAAAUCGUCUUCACGAUCGAUCGCAACACUUCAGACAAGCUAACCUAAUGGGAUCUUGUCUCCGAUGAAUGUCGAUUUCCAUUCUAACUGCGGCCAGUUCGGACGCGACAGAAUUUCAUGUGCAGGGCGGAGAGGAGGGACCGGAUUCUCCUAAGUAUCAAAAGAUUAUUCUCACCUUCAGGAUGACAGGGACAUCUGUUAUCCAGCACUGAAGAGGCGAUUUUACUCGUCUCAUCCCUUAGACUACUUCCUCUUCGUUCUUUCCAGCACCAGUCCAAGGUUCUAGCUGGUCAGUCAUUGAAUGCCAGUGGCUGGCAGAGUUAAACAGGACAUCUAAGGGUGUCAUCAAUUGUCCCCCAAACAGGCCACGCGGUAGAUGCGCUGUACCAACACGGAGUAGAUAUGGGAUUCUGGUAGGCGUUAUCGUAAUGCACACCUAACGGAUGCCAGCACUUCUGGAUGUGACGGCAGAUCCAUCUGCCGGCUGACAUUGCGCACAUUGGGACCCCUGCCGCCCCCAUUUUUGCUGUUUGUUAAAAUCCUGGUGAUUUUAUGUGUGGACCAGGGGGUGUGGACUGGAGCGCCAAGUUGCAGGCUCGUUCGUGCCAUCUACCUGUGCUCCCCCCCGUCCUGCGGUCUUCUUGGCUUGGUCUUGACACCGGACUCAAGUGAGAGGGGGGGGGAGAGAGUGCGGUAGUUGCGCGAAAAUCUAUACCUACUAUAAGCUAAUUCACGCACAGGUCAUUGUCCCUUGUCUUAGCUCGCUGUGGAGCACACGGUAGACAUCGCCGGAUGCGACGGUUGAGCUCGACCCUCGCUCAUCAUACCAGAUUUUCAUACAAAUGAGGUUGACGACUCUGACCUCGCAUGCAUGAGAGUGCCAUAGAAAUCAUUAGAGAAGGAGCUAUUAACUCGCUUCCUACUGCGACGAGAAGUACCUAUUCUGUGCUUGCGUUGAAUGAUCUGGGAUGGGCUCAUGCUUGGUGUUUGCACUAGUGGGACAAUGUGUGUUAGUGGAGUUUGGUCUGAGGUGUCGUACUGCAGAUUUUCAUGGACGCGCAUGUGCUCGAGUACGCUCAGGCAACGACUAAAUUUUCGCGGGCAGUUUGUGCAGACGCAACGGGCGUAUAUCAGGACUCAGUGUAGUGGUACGCCUGUAGGUAUAGGUCAGCAUAUUUUAAGGGUAAUAGGCAAUGCCUUUGUCUCCGGUCGCGCCACUCACCUGUGUUGCGGCUUCCUUGACUACGUCUUGACACCGGGUCCAGGCUCGCGGGAAAGAGGGAGUGCGGUAGAUUUUGCGUUACUCUUCUAUCACUUUGAACUAAUUCACGCACAAGUCACCGUUCCUGCUCUCACCCUACUGUGGAGCACACGGUGGACAUCGUCAAAACCGACGGUCCCCGGUCUCAGUGCAAUGGAUUCGCAAGUUACGAGGCCGCCGCGAGGCAUGGUGUGAUUUCAACGAGGACAGGUUGGGAUCGAGUCCCCACUGCUGCUGGUGAUUGUGGUGGUGGUGCUGAUGGUUGACAGGACUUCGGGCGUAAUACCGCAGGUGGCGGAAUUCGGUGGAAUGGUAGUCGUUGUCGCAGAGGUUGUGGCAGUAAUAAUUACGGUGGUGACGGAGACAACGAACCAUAGGUAGUGUAUUCAGCGGUGGUGGGGGUUGUCAUCAUGGACGUAGUGGUGUUUGCGGCAGGGGUUACGAUGGAGCCGCUUUUGAUGGCAGGAUUUAAAGUCGGCAUGUUGUUAUCGCUUUGGAUCCGAAGAUGUCCAACGAAGCCGAUCCAUGAACAAAGUAUUCGUUGACAGAUAGCAAAUGUUGGAAGAGAUUGGGUUUUGACGUUAUGGGUCGGAGGCCCUUGAGAAUUGUGAACUGCUCUUUUGGCUUUGGCAGCAGCGAUCUGUUAGGCUUCGUAAAUGGCUGUUCCAGUGUUCCCUGCUCUUCUUCAUGGCGAUAAGUACUGGACGAGAUCCUCCUAGAUCGCGGAUCGAUUUUUAAAUCCUUAAAAAAGGUCCACAGUUCGUCUUUGUGGCGUCAUUGUUGUCAUCUUUGUCGGCGGACAGCAGCAGCGAUAUCACAGCAAAAGAGGCGUUUGGGCAGUCGCUCGUCAUCCAUCGUCGCGACGUGGCCGAGCUCUCGAAUUUGCAGUUGUCUCAGCAUGGUGUGAAUGCUGAGGAUUCUGACUCGCUCGAGGACUUCUAUGUCCGGUUCCUGUUUUGAAGCUCAGCUGUAGAAUUCUCCGGUGGUCGCUGAGGUGAAACUGCUUGAGUUUACUGGCUUCAUUGAUGUAGACUGCCCAUGUCUCUGUCCCUUACGGUAACGUUGUUAGAACAACUGUCGUGUACAUUCUUAAUUUUGUGUUCAGGUGAAGUCCUUGGCGUUUCCUGACUGAAUUUUAAGAUGCUGGUCGUCCGUCCUGUUGGCGAUGUUGCUCACUGACACUUCUCGCACGGUUGUCGGGCGGCUAAGAUAAUCUCGACUGCAUCGCGGUUCGUUCCAUCUCCACAUUGACUUUCUAGGAGAAGUCCGCGUCCCAGAUAGCCGUUGGGGCUAAUGAGGAGGAAGCGGGCGAAAAUUUUCCCUCCGAUGUUUAGGAGGAAAGUGCCUCAGUGAUUAUCACAGAGUUGUCAGUUGUUCUUGCGUUUGUAUAUGCGUGCGCUGGUUCUGAAGGAUUUGUCCUUACCACUACAUCUCCCGAAACAGAGAGGUGGGCUCAUCCAUCAUCCGAGGGCCGCCGCGCUUGUAGGGUUCUGCCGCGACUGAGUCGGACCUCGGUGCACAGCUUUGAUUGUUUCUGAAAGGACGGGCGGAUGGUUCAGGUACGAAAUGGUUUCCAUUUGAAGGAGCCGGUCGCUGGCGGCGUCAGAAAUUGUGGAUUGGCGGCUGAGGAUAGUUCUGAAGGGCCUAGCCCACCACUGCUGAAAAGGCCGGACCAGUAUUUCCGCAUCUGUGAUUUCUCCGUGUGGAGUGUUAUUCCGUCGGAGCUAAGCAGCGGCGGUGUUCCUCUGGUGCAUGAGCCGUAGACAGCCUUGGAGAAGGCCAUGAAAUUCUUCGUUUCCUAGAGGUCCGCCUACCCUCGUAUUCUGUCGGCCUUGCGAUCUAUCCAUGCAUUUUGCGUCUCACUCAGCCGUUGCUGGAUCCAACACGACAACCGAAGAGGACCAUUUUGUUUGCGUCGGUACCGGAUUUGACGCACAGUUUAAUGUAGGUUUUAUGCAGGAUGUCUUCACAGGGAGCGGACUACGGAUUUUGUGUUUUCCAUUGGAGCAAGUCUGAUGUUGACAGCAAUAGCGACCGAGGAUCUCCAGGACGGUGGAGUGGACGACGGACCGCAGUUUGUACCAUUGCAUCUCCAUGGUGGCUUUGUAAUUCGGAAUCUGCAGUUUUUCCCGACAAUGAGUCAGUUGAUUGCUGAAAUCGAAGCGAUGAAGAAAUACUUUCAACACAACAGCAUCUAAUUUACCUAGUGGCCGCUGAUCCUGUGGUCGUCUGUGGGGUUGGAUUCUCGGCUUCCUCUUGGGAUUGGCGGAACGAGAAUCCGUCCAACCGUCGACGUCGCAGAUCGCUUUUGUCAGUAGCACGUCGUAGCGGCCACGCAAACGGAGGAGAACGUUGUCCAGCAGCUGCAAUCGCAGCGGUCGGGUGCGCACCCACGUCGCCUCCUUUCAUUUUGCAUGGGCGAAGAGGUGUUGAUGGGGAAGAGGAGGAGGAGGAGGUGUUUUGUGCAUGUAUGCAGAAGGAGAGGGUCAUUUUCAUUGCAGGCGCCAACUCGCUGUGCGCUUAGCACUCCCUUCCGGGCAACUUAGUCUGUCCCAAUUUGGGCAGUGAAAUAACCGAGGUUAGAGUUAGCUUCCCUGUCUUCGGCGGACUCGCCAGGAGGGCGUGGGAGUCUUCGUAGGACCCGUUUCACACCUCAACAGGGUUGGUUAUUGGAGGAGCGUAGACACUGACGAAUGGCGAAAUUAGCGUCCCGUAGAGACAAGCGAAGCGUCAUGAGACGGUCGUUCACUACCUGCGGCAGACAAGGUAGUCGUCCCACGAUAUCGUUCAGAAUGACAAAGGCGACGCCGGUGUCGCGUUGCUCCGCCUUGGAGCGGCCGCUCUAGAAGAAGGUGUUGACGGCACCCACCUACUCCAGCUGACUCUGUUCGGAGAACCGUGUCUCGCUGACGGCAGUGAUUUGCACCUUAUUGCUCGUCAUGUCUCCAGCUAAUAGCGCCGUACUCUUUUCUCGUCGGUUUCUUCACGGGUUAUUUAAAUCAGAACGAACAUUUUAGAGUGUCAGUGUUAACAGAAUCACUCUAGCAGUCUGCGGGUAGGGCGGCGGGAACGGGGGUGUAGUUUCCUGUUAUUUGUUGUUUUGUUUCGACAAUGAGUUUUACAUCAUGAGCCACGGUCAAUUUGCGGAUGAUGACAAUCUUCCCAAAGGAUAUGAAAACACCCGGAAGAUCAAGCGAUAGGAUUAUAUAUUCGACAAGUUCUAGCCGACGACAAGGGAACCCUUUCGAGUGAGAAGUUAUCCAAGGUCGAUCCAGAACGGGGAAGUGGAUCUUGCGUUGAUGUUUACUCGGCUAAUGGUAAACAUUAAUAAAUUUUGCCAAAAGGCGAGCAAAGUCAUCAAAUAUCUUGGUGUAAGGGGGAGUUCAGUGCAUCGACUGGUUGAAUUAUCAUCAAGAAACCAAACUUAAUGGCCACUUUGGACUAACAAAUACACGGUGUUAGUGUCUGGAAAGUCCGCUUCUGCUUUCUAUCUAGUGACCAAAUUGAGAUACACACGGCAGUGAACGUGAUAGAGGAGGUACCUUGGUAGGUUAAAUGGCCCAAAAACGUGUUGGGCAUGUGUCGGUGGAACAAGAUGUUAGGGGUGAUAGUCAGAGCAGAGCAUGUCAUUACCUAACUGAUUCUCGUUCAGACAGAGGUGAGAAUGGCCGACCUCCGAACGCCCGACGAUGAAUGAUGCAUGGAAGGGUGAACCAUCUUGACAUAGAAUAUGGAAUUGUCCUCCUGUAGGGAAUGCGUUUCUGUUUCUCUGGUUUCCCCUGAAACUGUCCUGGUUAUUGAUGCCAUUACGGAGGACGAUUGCUUGUUUCCCAUCCGCAGUGGUUCAGACGCCAGACCCAGUAAACGACCCGUGGCGGGGCUGAGUUCGUGGGGCGCAGUGAGUAAAUCACGUAGUUGGUUCAUCACCCAAUCCCUGCUUGCGGUGAGGUGUAGCUGCGACGAGGGUGUAAGCUGGUUGGGAGGGUCCUGGGUAACUGUGUCGGGUUUCUGAUAGACCGGUGUCGCUGAUCACUAGCAGGGCGGCGGCAGCAACUGCCCGAUUGUCGUCCUCCCCUACGGAAACCGAUGAAAUGUCCCAUUGCUAAUCGACAUUCCGGAAUCGGGAUAUGUUUGUUGAACAUCUCCAGACCCAGUGCAAUGGCGGGACGAUCAACCCACCUAUGAUCUCAUGGCACACCAUCACUACUACUACUACUACUACUACUACUACUACUACUACUACUACUACUACUACUACUACUACUACCAGCAUCACCAGUGAAGACACUCCUGCCAUCCUGCAAAAUAUCACCACGAUUGGCAUAUCAUCAACAGUGUGGACUCAAUUUUAACCUGUACCCACUGCGACUGCACGUUUAAAGCACGCAUCGGACUGGUUGGUCAUUUGCGAAUCUAUCGUGCGAAGACUGAAGAAAUAGCGCCAUGAACUGCAAUAUACACACUUCGACCCAGUUUGCUCUAUUCACACUGCUCCUGGAUAUCCGACCGUAAUACGGGCAUAUGCCCCUCAUUGAAGGUCUUAGUUAGAAAAACCACAGUCCGACUUUGAUCCUCACAUCUCAACCCACCUGAGCACACACAUCUCCGAGGCUAGGAAGGACGCAAAUUCAUAAUAUACACAAGCGUCCCCCGCGCAGCGUCAGACCACUCUCCCGCAGCAAGCAUGAGAUCUACCUUGCCAACACCGCUGUGUCGAACGAAUCGUCGAGUGCCCCUACUUUCAUGUGCAGUAUACCCUUUGACGCGGCCUAGUACAGGCGUUGGUGAUCGGGUCGUGUGCGACGCACGAAUACUUGCCAUUUAUCCUGAAAGCCACUGCGCCCCAUUCGAUUAGCAGUUGGCAGAGAGGCUCAGACAGCCGACUGAUGCAUGAGCCAAGGAAGAAGGAGCGAGGCCUGUACUGGGAAUUAAUCCACGCGACAUUUCAGUGCAUUCACUGCUACAAAAAAUCUGACGAGCUUGAAUACAUCCCCGUGCACUAAGAGUCGUGACUUCGAGGACUCCCAACUCCAUCCCCAGGGAACAUUUUGGAAUGACCGCAGAACCCAGAACCAGACUCAAUGGCUCCUUCUCAAUUUGACCUUCAUGGCCCUCUCACGCGCGUGAAGUCCGAGUCAGAUUCAUGGAGGCGCGGUACGCGCAUUGGGGGCCAGGUCGUGUGGGGAACGGGCAGACAGACUGUUCGGCCUUACCAGUCACUGCAUCCUCAUCAACACGCGGCCGCCUUGAUAUUAUCUUAUCGUCGGAGCAAAGUAGGUGUGUAGUUCUUGCUGCGCACGUCUCAAUCGCUAUGAACUAAUUCACGCGAAAGUCACCGACGCUCCGCCCAUUCAACGGAGCAUGCACUGGACGUCGUCGCCUGCGACGGUCGAACUGUCAUGUAUCUGUGACGGACUUUAGUGGACACAGGUGCCAGGGUUGACUCCUUCAGGCUGGCAGAGUCUGGUUUGUGCCAGAGGGGGACAUUCGUACGCCUGUUGUUUCUCUGAUCACCGGAUUCUCGCGUCGCGCUCAAUCUUGGGACUGUCUUCUUUCCAGGCGAUGCAUUCCUUUGCUCCAUAUGUAGCGUUUUGUCUCGUCAGGACCACUGACUACUUUUAUCCAGCGCUUUCGCAUAUCUGACGUCGGCCCUUCCUGACAAGUCGAUUUCCCAUUUCCUGAUGUACGAAUGUAUACGUAUGUAUGAAAGUCGGGGUCUAGUCAACGGAUCUGUUUUUGUCUCUCUGCAUUGCUCUGAUGGUGGACACUGCAACCAGUUCCUAAGUAGAAAUUAAUAAGUCAGUCUAUCCUUCUUUUCACAUGGGCCUAAAAGUAGUUCAACGACGCCCAAUAGGCAUGAGCAUCUAUUAAGUUAUGUCUGAUGAUUCCACACACAGCUGCCCGACGCUCUUUCCAUGCUCCAAAUUGUCUUCUCUAUGCUCAAGUAAGACUGAUUAUUGCAAAAUUUCUGGUAUCUCUUAGGCGUCUGUGGUGUUGCUGUCGGUGUAGAUCUCUACGACGCCUUAGACAAUCAGCAGAGACUCAAGUUCAAUUCGGUCAGUCCGGAAUCGAUAUUUGGGAGAAGUGAUUGGCUCACAACAGGUGCAGCUUCGCGCAUCCGCAAAAGUCUGCGCUCUAGGGUACGUUUAUUUUUAAUAAUAUGAAUGAAUAGAGAUAACUGCUGAUGCCCAAGGUACUCGUAAAAAAAAUUAUGGAGACCACUCGAGCACAAGGAUCACGUGCUUCCUGGUCUAAGUGAAAACGGUAGUGGUUCCUUCUGAACCCUCAAAUCCUAAGUAUCCGGACGGAAUAAAUCACUGUCUCCUAUAGUAUGACAUUGUUUUUCACAUCUAACUUAUCUCACAAUGUCCCACGCAAGCACUGGAAAGGAGAGUGGGACGAACGUAGGGUUCACUCAAGACUGAGCUGUCAGAGUUCUACAUGAAACCAUAUCCCACAAUUAGUGAAGAAACUUAUGGGAGGACGAAAAAACUCCAGUGGACUUCUGAUGAUCUGGCAUACAGUAGAACUGGCUCUGUAUUAUACACUAAGUCGAAUUCAUAGACGACCACGCACUUUCUGAGAGCCACGAUUGCCUUAAAAGACCUUCCACCCUCUGAAAGGGUGAGUCUGGGAGCGUCCACUGGACGGUCGUCGGGGGAACUGACCAGAUUAUCCGAACAUCAGGACUGACACCGGAUGUAAGACCCCGAAAGUUUAUAACCUUUUCACCGGAAAUAGUGAGGACGCGACUAUCAUUAUUAAUCCACAAGCACCUUCGGGUGAUCUUCUUAUGACCUAUAAAUGCUCUAAUGGGUGGAGAGGGCGCCUCAAGGUCAUAAACGUGAACUUGUUUAUUGUUAGUGGCCAUUAGCCGCUUCCCGCCAUCUGAAACGCUCAAAACUACAGCGAUAACGAUGUGAUCCUAUGAGACAGAAAGCCGUUCACCUUCUGUGUUAACAUUCCAGACUUUCACAAAAACAUCUACAGCGUCGGUAGCCGCCUUUGUCCAGUGCAGUCCACUGUACAACACCAAACUGCGCUACAUUGUCCAAGAAAUGUGCCAAUCCAAAUACCUGUAUCACCGAUUCGCAUCAUUUGAGGCGGUCGCAAGCAGAUACCCAAAUUCUGAUUCUCCGCUAAACUUAAGGUCAGUGACAGGUGGCAUGUGCCCACUACAUGACAUUUGAUCCUGGCGAAUGGCUGCCAUUGGACAUCCGGUUGUGGCGGAUCAACCGCAUUAGUCCUCAUUCUCCAGCAUGCCCGUUUUCUACUCAAUAAGGUAUAUGUAUCAACUAUUUUAGUAAUGAGGGUAAUCUGUAAGGUGCGUCUCCAAAUAUCCUUUCUCGUCUCCCAUGUCUACAUAUAUGUCCGUGUUGCGCCACUAAUAUUACUUUAAUCUCCUCUUCUCCUUCUCUCAGGGGAUGCCGACUUCAGAUCGGACCAUUAGCUUCCAUUACGUACGCCCGGAAACCAUGUAUCUGAUCGAGUUUGCAUCGCGGUUUAUUCAGCUCCCCGAACCAGGAUCUCCCGCAAAAACUACAACCAAAAUUAAAACAUCCGGUUGGUCUUGA